UCAUAAAGCAGCGAAAUAAUGCGGUACCGACUGAAUGGAGAGAUUACUGUAUGCUCCCUUCUCGUUCCGAGAGGAAAGAAUCUCGUUAUCAGUAAUAAGCCAGCUAUUAAGUUGAUCCGAUUGAUGCAGUGUACACCUCAAAAUGGUGCGAAUAAUUUCGAUUGUGGCCUUGAUUUUUCUCAGCAGUGCUACGAAGGUCAGUUCUCAAGCAGCUUGUGGACAACGCAAUACUCCGUUUUGGCCCUGGCACGUAGCCAUUCGGCAUUUCAAUCAGGACCCCGAUGUUCCAGCCUGUGGAGGAACGAUUCUGAAUGAUUUAUUCAUUAUCACCGCCGGUCACUGUGUGUAUGAUUUAAGUGGUAAUGAAUUUGCACCGUCGGAACUGAUUGUGACGAUUGAUCGACCGAGUGACAAAAGCACGAUCCAUGUAAAAACAAUAGUUUUCCCAUACGCCUUCGAUGUGAAUACAUUUGAAAAUGACGUAGUACUCAUAAAGCUGAAACAGCCUAUCAAAUUCUCAGAUGAAGUGAAACCAAUAUGCUUUACAGAAGAAAUUGAUAUUGUCGAUGCGAAUUCGGUAACCAUUGCAAUCAUCACAAAGCAAAGUAUAGUUGAUAAUACCGUUAAAUGGAGAAUCACGAAUUACUCACUAUGUCACGGGACUAAUCAUUAUAUAUUCAACAAAAGUUAUAAUCAUUCUGUUUGCAUGGGACACGUUCGAGCCACGGACAAGUUUCAGUUGCAUCGGGGAAGUGCACUAAUGGUUCAGCAAAACCAUACUUGGCAUUUGGUUGGAGUUUUGUUGUACACUAUUGGACCAAACGAAAAUACUGCUACUUAUGGUGGUGGACUUGUUUUAGCCCCGUACGCCAAAGCUAUUACCAAAAUAGUAAAUAAGCAUUUGACUCCCAGAAUAAGUAAUAAAAAAUGUGAAUAUUACAACAGAAUAGCUAAAGAAAACGCCAAGGGCUAUUUUUCUCCAUACAUAUCAAUGAAACGGAAAAGUGAUGAGUUUGUCAUGCCUGGAUGUGUAGGGACUCUUAUCAGUGAAACUUUCGUGCUGACUGCUGCUAUAUGCACACAAAGCCUUGAAAGGGUUAUUCUUUGGAAAGAUAUCCUAAAUACUACGCAUUACAAUGAAUUUCAUGUAUAUUUCCACCCCAAUGAUGUCUAUCGACAAGGCGUUGCGCUGGUAGAGUUGGAUAGAACUGCUACGUACAUGGAGUAUUUUAUUCACUGCCUAUGGACAAACGACGAGGAUCCUUUGACGUUUCGUACACAAUCUAAACAUGGAGCAUUAUUUUUGAAAUUUGAGGCUAAUGUUCAAUAUCGACCAGAAGAAGCUGUCAUCUAUCGGAUGGAAGAUUGUUCUCCUUUUACAGCGUUUUUAAUUUGCAAACCCGGCGACUCGUUAACUAUCAAAAAAGACAAUGAAAAGGUGAGUAGAAUCGUUGGAUUGAUAACCGAGCAAGUCGAAGAUUGCAGCCCAAAAACAGCAUUGAAUGCCGUCAGCUAUCUUGACUGGAUUGAAGAGACUGUUUGGAAAAAUGAUGUUACAAAGUAAAUUGGAAAAGUUUCAAAAGGUGAUGCUGUUUGAACAGAUGAUUAUUGUUAGAAAAUGACAAAACAAACUCAUAUAACGUGAAAAAAAUAAAUAAAUAAAAUAAAGGAAUAGAGAGCAAUGUUGAAACGGA